CACACAGGACCAAGCAGGAGCAGGACCUCAGCAUUUUACCCUUUAUUACAAAUGGAGAAACAUGAAGAUGUUCAAUACUGUUUUCAGGACAGAAACUCUUCUUGCAGAAAGGCUUUGCUAUCGACAUCUAUCUACAUAACACUGUACAUCUUCUUCUCAUUGAUUUCAGCAGUUACAGUAUUUUUGAACCUACUGGUGAUCAUCUCCAUCUCUCACUUCAAGCAGCUCCACACUCCAACCAACCUGCUCAUCCUCUCUCUGGCUGUGGCAGAUGUCCUGGUGGGAUUGAUUGUGAUACCAGUAACGACUGUAGCAAUAAUGGAAUCAUGCUGGGGAUUUGGGGAAUAUUUCUGUGUGUUUUAUUUCUACAUCACUUGUUUAUGUGCUUCUUUAUCUCUGGGCAGUUUGGUCUUGAUAUCUAUUGACCGCUAUGUUGCUGUGUGUGAUCCCUUAUUGUACCACUCUAAAAUAACAAUAACAAGAAUGAUGUGUUGUAUAUCCAUUACCUGGUGUUGUUAUAUCAUAUAUGAUGCUGCUAUUAUAAAAAUCUUUGUAAAUGUACAGGUACCCAGUAGGUGUUUGAAUGAAUGUUUUAUUGUUGAAGGGUAUAUGUGGGGUAAUAUAAUGGAAAUUGUAAUUACAAUGGUUGUCCCGUGCUCUGUUAUUAUAACACUUUAUAUGAAAAUCUUUGUGGUGGCCAGAUCACAGGCCAGAAAGAUAUUUUCAAAAGAGGCUGCCAGUGUGUCUGGUGUUAAAACUGUACAGGCAAAUAAGUCUGAGAGAAAGGCAGCAAAAACUCUAUCUAUUGUUGUUUUCAACUAUUUCAUUUGUUGGAUUCCAUCUCUAUUUCUUUUCUUCUUUUUUUAUUUUUUAAUUGACAACUUGACAACAUUGUUCAUCAGUUUUCUGCCACUUGUUAACUCCUUAAUUAAUCCAAUAAUUUAUGCUUUCUUUUAUCCAUGGUUCAAAGUGACAGCUAAACAUAUUUUAACUCUGAAGUUUAGGCGUUCAUAGUUCAAAUGUUUUUAUUCCAUAGUUUGAGAAACAGCGUUGAUAAAGUUAUGUUAUACAAUUUGUUGUAAUUGCU